GCAUGGUGUAUGAGCUUGUCAAGCUAGGAGUUCGGUUGGACGGGCGCGGAUUUGUUAGCAAAUUGAUCAGUCGUUUAAUGAUUUCAGCCCGGUAGACGUAUAGCUUCAACUCGAGUGGCUUUUUCUAAUCGCAACUCUUUUAACUUUACCUCACACAUGCCGAAAGUCAAUGAUUUCAAUAUCACGUGUGUAGACUCUUCCUGAUAAGCAAGAGGGCGGUAUUUAUAGAUGUGCCAAGCACCUGCAAAAGAUCAUUUCCUCGUGGACAGCUGCAAUAGUUCUAUACCGAGCGAGAGUCCUCUCAUCAUGGCAGCAGUUUUCGAACUGUGUGUGCUUCUUCUGGUGUGUUACGUGUUUCGGGUGGAUUCGUACCCGUCAAAUAGGACAUCUUACAAAGACAAGGGGUAUUUUUUACAGUCGGUGAAUUUUGUGGAAAAUUAUACCCAAACGAAAAGUUUAGUGCAUUAUGUGUCGGCAUUUGUGCAAACCAGUUUACCUGAUGCAGGCAGUGAUUAUACUCCAUCGGAAGAUCCAACGACAGUGACUUAUGGACACGAAAAUCUUGCUUAUCGGUAUAGCAAAAAUGAUACGGAAGAUGCAAGUGGAACGGGUAAACUUGGGAUGACUUCACCACUUGAGAUUCAAGCACCGGAUACUAUUGCUUUGCUACCAGCGCAAACUACAACAACAGAUGAUCCAGAGUAUACAACAGAAACAGAUGAUCCUGAGGUGACCUCGCCAGAAGAGACUGAAGGACCAGAAACUACUUCGUUGCCAGCGCAUACAACAGAUGAUCCUGAGGUGACCUCGCCAGAAGAGACUGAAGCACCAGAAACUACUUCGUUGCCAUCGCAUACAACAGAUGAUCCAGAGUAUACUACAGAAACAGAUGAUCCUGAGGUAACCUCGCCAGAAGAGACUGAAGCACCAGAAACUACUUCGUUGCCAUCGCAUACAACAGAUGAUCCAGAGUAUACUACAGAAACAGAUGAUCCUGAGGUAACCUCGUCAGAAGAGACUGAAGCACCAGAAACUACUUCGUUGCCAGCGCAUACAACAGAUGAUCCUGAGGUGACUUCGCCACAUGAAACUGAAGCACCAGAAACUACUUCGUUACCAGCGCAUACAACAGAUGAUCCUGAGGUGACCUCGCCAGAAGAGACUGAAGCACCAGAAACUACUUCGUUGCCACCGCAUACAACAGAUGAUCCUGAGGUGACCUCGCCAGAAGAGACUGAAGCACCAGAAACUACUUCGUUACCAGCGCAUACAACAGAUGAUCCAGAGUAUACAACAGAAACAGAUGAUCCUGAGGUGACCUCGCCAGAAGAGACUGAAGCACCAGAAACUACUUCGUUGCCAUCGCAAGCAACAGAUGAUCCAGAGAAUACAACAGAAACAGAUGAUCUUGAGGUGACCUCGCCAGAAGAGACUGAAGCACCAGAAACUACUUCGUUACCAGCGCAUACAACAGAUGAUCCUGAGGUGACCUCGCCAGAAGAGACUGAAGCACCAGAAACUACUUCGUUGCCACCGCAUACAACAGAUGAUCCUGAGGUGACCUCGCCAGAAGAGACUGAAGCACCAGAAACUACUUCGUUGCCAUCGCAUACAACAGAUGAUCCAGAGUAUACUACAGAAACAGAUGAUCCUGAGGUAACCUCGCCAGAAGAGACUGAAGCACCAGAAACUACUUCGUUGCCAUCGCAUACAACAGAUGAUCCAGAGUAUACUACAGAAACAGAUGAUCCUGAGGUAACCUCGCCAGAAGAGACUGAAGCACCAGAAACUACUUCAUUACCAGCGCAUACAACAGAUGAUCCUGAGGUGACCUCGCCAGAAGAGACUGAAGCACCAGAAACUACUUCGUUACCAGCGCAUACAACAGAUGAUCCAGAGUAUACAACAGAAACAGAUGAUCCUGAGGUGACCUCGCCAGAAGAGACUGAAGCACCAGAAACUACUUCGUUGCCAUCGCAUAAAACAGAUGAUCCAGAGUAUACAACAGAAACAGAUGAUCCUGAGUUGACCUCGCCAGAAGAGACUGAAGCACCAGAAACUACUUCGUUACCAGCGCAUACAACAGAUGAUCCUGAGGUGACCUCGCCAGAAGAGACUGAAGCACCAGAAACUACUUCGUUGCCAUCGCAUACAACAGAUGAUCCAGAGUAUACAACAGAAACAGAUGAUCCUGAGGUGACCUCGCCAGAAGAGACUGAAGCACCAGAAACUACUUCGUUGCCAGCGCAUACAACAGAUGAUCCUGAGGUGACCUCGCCAGAAGAGACUGAAGCACCAGAAACUACUUCGUUGCCAUCGCAUACAACAGAUGAUCCAGAGUAUACUACAGAAACAGAUGAUCCUGAGGUAACCUCGCCAGAAGAGACUGAAGCACCAGAAACUACUUCGUUGCCAUCGCAUACAACAGAUGAUCCAGAGUAUACUACAGAAACAGAUGAUCCUGAGGUAACCUCGUCAGAAGAGACUGAAGCACCAGAAACUACUUCGUUGCCAUCGCAUAAAACAGAUGAUCCAGAGUAUACAACAGAAACAGAUGAUCCUGAGGUGACCUCGCCAGAAGAGACUGAAGCUCCGGGAAGUACUUCGUUUCAUACGACAGAAAGCUCAAUGAUCUUGGAAACUGGUGAUCGUAUAUCGAAUGAAACAAGACAUUACAGGUACAAAAAAUGAGCCUCUGAAGUCAGUGCCAAUCGUGAAGGGAUUAUAUUAUUUUAAUUGUGUCUCUGUGUUUCUAAAGAAUGUGUUACAUACUCAAUAGUAUUCUUAAAGGUCUUCAGUAGUUGAAAACUGAUGACGUGUCAUAGCCUUAGAAUCUUUCGGAAAAUCAUUGACACUUUGGCAUCACCAGGACUAUACAGUAAACGAAUGAUCUAACGAUUGCAUAUCAUCAAGCAGCCAUCCAACCUUCAUUAUCAGUGCACAGAACUGAUGGAAAACGUAUGACAAGGCUGAUAAACUAAGCGGCAUGAAAAAGUGUAACAAAAACCAAAUGAUAUGAAGUAUAACAACAGACAAACAAAACUGUGUUUAAUAACUAAGGACAAAAAAAGUUGGAAACAAAUUA